AACUGUCAGUCUUGAAUUAAUUUGAGAGCGCGCCGUUUUCACGGCUGUUCGCCAUUAUGUAGAUCUACCGUAACUCUCGUCACUGUUAUGUCAUAGCAACUACAGAACACAAGGCAUAUACGCAAGAAUUCUCCGUAACAAGGAUGGCUAAUACUCAAGCAAUACCCACUUUCAAAGGGUCUGGUGAGCCGGUGGCUAAUUUCAGAGAAAUGGAGAGCCACGUGUGGGGGGACAUAGACAAGUACUUCACUGAACAUCAAAUGGCAGCAUUGUCUGAGUAUGAGAAGCUGAGACUGAGAAACAUGAGGAAGAGCUACGAAAUGAUGGCGCUUUUAGGUAUGCCGGUAAUGAAGCCAGAUUUCAUGAAGACUCCUAGAGUGGAAAAGAAAAGGAAAACGAUGAAGCCAGUGAUGAAGGACGACGAUAAUAGUUCUGUUUCGAUUGAUGCUGACGAAAUUUCGGAACAUCAUACUACUGUUAGAAGGAGUGCUCGAGCAUCGAAGCCUCUUGUGCCGUAUGAGGCACCAGACUGUACAACCAGACUGAGACUGAAGAAGAAUGACAUGCACUCAACAUCCAAGGUGACUGAAAAAGAUCCAUGUGAAGAUAAUCUUUCUCUGAUGAAACGUAAGAGACCCCAGACUAACUACACGGAGGCUGGUCUGCUGGCUGAUGAUUGCUUGUACAUGUAUCCAAACGACAGUCGUGACUUGAGUCCAGUCACCUCUGUCGUGUUGUCAAGGAUAAAUCUAAAGGAUAUACAUGGAAGGGAAAACGUGAGACUUAGGAUAAGUGCAGACAAUGAGAACUUUAACUUACAAGCUUUUCCUAAGAAAACUAAAAGCACGACACAGAGUAGUAGCUAUACUGUUUUAAAGGAAAAAGAAUGUGACAGAGGAUCUGUAGUUAUUACUAGGAAUAACAGGAAACACAAGAAGAGUAAAAGUGAUAUUGCUUUAGAAGAUACAGAAAGUGGAGGAUAUGUAUUAACUAGCAAACUUAAGAAACACAAAAAGAGUAAACGUGAUACACCUUCAAAGGAUACAGAAUGUGAUAUAGGAUCCAAAGUAACUUACCACCUUGAGAAAGACAAUGAGAAUGAAAGUCAUGCUGCUUCAGAAGAAACAGAAUGUGGAGGAUAUGUAUCAACUAGCAAACUUAAGAAACACAAAAAGAGUAAACGUGAUACACCUUCAAAGGAUACAGAAUGUGAUAUAGGAUCCAAAGUAACUUACCACCUUGAGAAAGACAAUGAGAAUGAAAGUCAUGCUGCUUCAGAAGAAACAGAAUGUGGAGGAUAUGUAUCAACUAGCAAACUUAAGAAACACAAAAAGAGUAAACGUGAUACACCUUCAAAGGAUACAGAAUGUGAUAUAGGAUCCAAAGUAACUUACCACCUUGAGAAAGACAAUGAGAAUGAAAGUCAUGCUGCUUCAGAAGAUACAGAAUGUGGAGUAUAUGUAUCAACUAGCAAACUUAAGAAACACAAAAAGAGUAAACGUGAUACACCUACAAAGGAUACAGAAUGUGAUAUAGGAUCCAAAGUAACUUGCCACCUUGAGAAAGACAAUGAGAAUGAAAGCCAUGCUGCUUUAGAAGAUACAGAAAGUGAUAUAGGAUCCAUGGAAAGAAGCAGACCAAAGAAACACAAGACAAAGUCACAUGAGUGCAAACAGUGUGGGAAAACAUUCACACGAUCACAUUCUCUUUUUAACCACACAAGAAUUCACACUGGAAUAAAGCCUUACAAAUGUAGAAAGUGUGGUAGAUCAUUCACAGAAUCCAGCUCUCUGCAAAGACACCUCAGGGGCCAUAGGGGAAUCAAGCCUCAUCUGUGCAGUGUGUGUGGGAAAAGAUUCGCCCAGUCGAUGGCUCUCACGAUACACAUGAGGUGUCACAGUGGUGACAAGCCUUUUGUGUGCAGUGUGUGUGACAGAAAAUUUGCUCAAUCGUGUGAUCUCCACACACAUAUGGCACGUCACAGUGGAACCAAAAAAUAUAAGUGUGAGCGGUGUGGCAAAAGAUUUACACAGUCAGGUAGUCUCCUGAGACACAUGAAAUGUCACAGCGGCAUCAAGCCCCAUGAAUGCAGUACGUGUGGGGAAAGAUUUGUUAGGUCAGAUAACCUUCACACACACAAACUGAAGCAUCAUCCUUGUUAAAAACUGAAUAAAGUAUUCAUUUCUACA